AUGCCCACACACAAUCACCCAGACGACGACGAGAUAGACGCCUUCAUAGCCCGCAACGACCCCGCCGACGACUCCAAGCAUGCCAUCAAGCGUCUCUUUACCGCCUUCCUCAUCUUUGGCCUCCUCAACAACGUCCUCUACGUGAUCAUCCUCUCUGCCGCCCUCGACCUCGUCUCCGCCGAAACCCCCAAGGGCAUCGUCGCCCUCUUCAACAUCUUCCCCGCCCUCCUCACCAAAGUCGCCUGGCCCCUCAUCGCCAAUGGCAGAAUAAGAUAUACCCGGCGAGUCGCAUUUUGCACAGCCUGCAGCUGGCUUGGCAUCCUCACGAUUGCCUUUUCUACCAGCUUACCUCCACGGCUUCUCGGUAUAACCCUCGCCUCCCUCUCUUCUGGUAUGGGUGAACUCACUUUCCUCCAGCUCACCACCACGCUCCCUACGAAACAUACCUCUAAAAUCGCGCUGGGGGCGUGGGCGAGUGGGACGGGGUUUGCGGGGGUGGCGGGGGCGGUGAUAUGGUGGGUCCUAAGAGGGCUGGGAGUGAAGACAGGUUUGGGCCUGUCGAGUGUCUUGCCCCUGUUCUUCCCGGUGACCUACACCUACAUCCUCCCGCCCUUCUCCCACCUCCCCUCCGAUUUAUCCCCAUACCAACCCCUCUCCACCACCGCCGACGACGCCGAGGACGACCUCCCCCAAGCAUCACCCACCGUCCCCGGUAUCCUCAUCUCAGCACCUUCCUCCGAAUACGUCCCCCAGCGCUCGCCUCUGCUCUCUUCUCUCUCUGAUCCCCACCAAGCUUUCCACCCUGCUGGGGAGGAUGUGGAAGGAAAGAUGAAUGGGCUGAGGUUGACGACAAAGGAAAAGAUGGUCCUACUUCGGCCACUGGUAGUAAGAUACAUGUUACCCCUCUGCGCGGUGUAUGUCGAAGAAUAUGUCAUCAACUCCGGCGUCGCGCCAACGCUGGUAUUCCCGCUCCCGGCUACAGGGAUCUGGUCACAUCUCUUCAAAUCACCGCGCGAUUACUAUCCCUUUUGGUCUCUCACCUACCAAUCAUUCGUAUUCCUCUCCCGCUCAUCCCUCUCCCUCGGCCUCCCGCCCCUCCCCCGCAGACUGCUCCCACUCCCAGCAAUUAUCCAGUUCCUCGUCCUCUCCCUGCUUUCCCUCCAAGCCCGUUCGUUCAUCUUUUCGUCCCCUUCCUACACCCCUGGGUCCAAUAUCGGCCUCGGCCCUGCUGGCGGCGGAGGUCCGGACGGCCCGGACGGGGGAGAGGGGGGAGGGGUGGAUAGGGCGAUAUGGUUCGUCUGGCUCUUGAUCUGCCUCGAAGGUCUCUGCGGCGGAGCAGGCUACGUCAACACCUUUUACCACGUCAACCACGAAGGGGACCAACCCCUGCACCCCGAUCCCGACCCUUCUCUGCCGCCAAAGAGUGAAGCAAAAAAGGCGAUGGAGAAGGAAUUCCGCAUAGGCGCCGUGGGCGCCGCCGAUUCGACGGGUAUCUUGGUGGCGAGCUUGAUCAGUAUGCCGUUGGAGGUCAUGCUUUGUCGGGGGCAGGUGGAGAGGGGGAGGGAUCUUUGUCGGAAUCUUUAG